AAAAGAUUUUCAUUGAAUACUAGUUUUUUAAUGGUUUCCCUUUUCACAGUUCUCAGAUUACACAGAAUAAAGAGAACAAAAACAAAAGAAUACAGAAAUAUUUAUGGCAGUGACCACUGGGUUUCUGAAAUGCUACUUUGUAAUGAAAGAUGAAGAGUUGAAAAAGUUACGAAUUUUAGCAUUAAAUUCUACAUGAAAACUUUGAUAUACAUUUCUUCAAGCUGUACAGAAAAGUUUAUCAACAAAAAUGCCAUCAGAUACACUUGUUCCAUUACCAGCCCUUAUUGAUUUUGCACUGGGGACUCCUGAGAUUGGUGCUGUUAAUUUCAACAUUUUACAUUCUGUGUUGCAUGUUAUAGUACAACAAACAAACCUCUAUGAAACACAAGUUGAAUUUAAGGGACAUGAUGCUGACCGUCUCGAGACGUUAGUUAAACAGUCAUCUCCCAGACCAUCUGUAAGGCUUCAGGAGUACCAGUUACCUGUUGUUUCUUUCAAGAAGUCAAAAGAAGGUAUUCCCAAGGUAAAAGAAGAAACUACAUCAAAAGAAGAUAUUUCUGGGGCAAAAGAAGAGACACAAGUUGAUGAGCAACAUUCAGAAACUGAACUUCAGACAGUGGUAUUAGUGGAAUCAUUUGGGGCUGAAGAAUCUCCAGAAACAGAGGAACAAGGGCCUAGACCCUCAAAAACAGCAUCCCACAAAGCUCCAAGACCUUCAACAGCUGCAAGAACUAGUGAACAAGGUGUCAUUAUUAGAAAGGGGAGUUUCGAGAGACUUGAGAGGAAGGUCUCCAAGAUUCAAGCAGAACUUAAAAAACUGGAUGCACUUCCCACCAAUGAAGACCUCAUCAGACGUUCACGUGUAUCAAGUGACUCUACACCAGUAAAGGAUAUGUGGCAGUUCCUAAAUCUCACAAAGAGGUUGGAUGCUGUUGAGGAGGGUAUUGAGAGGCUCACUUCUGUGUUACAAGAUAUAGCAAAGCAGAUUGGCCUUUCAACUAUUUUUGGAGAAGUAGAAUCAGAGGGAUCCCGAAGUGGAAGCGCUGUUACAAAUCCAUUGGAGAUAAAAGAUGAAGGUGAACUUAGAGAACGACUGAUUCAUAUUGAAAAGAGACUUUGGGAAGUGGAACAUCGUAUGAAUAGUUCAGAUUUGCGUAUCCGUGCUUCUCGAUCAGAUGAGAGACGUGCCACUGGUGAGAAACGUGGCACAGCCGUUGACUAUGAGGGACUAUCAACAGAUGAAGCGGUAUCUGUCAUGAAAGGAGAGUUGACUACUGUUCAGGCAGAAAUGGAUGCACUUAUGCAAGAGCUUCGUCAACACAUAACAGCUACAGAAAACAUACCAUUUGACACACUGGCUGAUAGUAUGAAAAUACUAGAGGAACUACGACAAAAGAUUGAGGCACGUGAUCAAGAUGCUUUCCAACCAUGCGCAAGAGUGAAAGAUAUUGAAGAGCGAAUGGCAACCUAUGCGAAUAUGUUACAAAACAUGGAACUUAACUUUUCAUCUCAAGUAGAGAACUUGCAGCUCCAAAUAGGGGAUCUGGAGAAAGAGCUGGGAGUGUUAAUGGAAAAGUUUAAUGCUGAUGAAACAAUGCAAGAGUCAUCAUUACAGGAUCUCUCAGGCUUGACUGAACUAUACAACAAGAUACAAACAUUACAAAUUGAGAUGGACAAUGUGACCACCACAACAACACAGCUUAUGGAUGACCGUGAAGAACGACAAAUGCACAUUAACGCAUUGCUGGAGCAAAUAGAGCUUCUAAAGACAGUGAAAGCAGACAAAGAAGAUCUGGAAGAUGCACUUGCUGAGAAGGCAGAUCAUGCUGCUGUGAACAGGAAGGUUUCACAUGAUCAGUUUGAUGCUGCAUGUAAUGAUCUUGCAAGUGGACUUGAAGAUGCACUUUUUAAGCUAAAUGAGCAGAAAAAAUUGUGGGAGGAAGCUUUGAAUGAUGUGCAACAUGAAAUAGAGAAUAAACUUGACAGAACUGAAAUUUCAUCUCUUGUUGACUUUGUGAAUUCAAAACUGAAGAACCUUCAUGAAAGACUACAAGCGUUGGCAGCGAUUCGAAAAGAUAUCGAAGCUGCAGGCAUCAAGAGGAAAAUCCUCAGGGAUGUGAAAUGCAUAUCAUGCGAUAAAGAUGUAGUGAUGAAAAUAGAUAAUGAACCACCCUCAUCUCCAACUAAGGGGGCUAUGCCACCUUCAAGAAGUGUUCGUCCAUAUCUUACAUAUGAACUUGACAUGGUACGAAAACAACAAAGGAGGUUACCUCCAGGCAGAAGCAUGAUACAUUACGAAGAAGCGGUGCAGGAAGCAGAACGCAAGAUGAAAGGCAAAUUACAAACCAAGGCUGGUGAGAUACAGCCACACAUCUGCAACCGCUACUGCGGAGGCAGCCACACGGUGACGACGGCCCAGCAGCGCGUGUCUCGCGUGGGUCACUUCCUGGAGCAGUGGGGGCCUGAGGCGAUCCAGCUGCUGGAGGGUGGCGUGAAGGGCACGGACGGCCGCAUGUACAAGGCGCGCGGCAAGGUGGGCUCGCCGCUGGCCAGCCCGAGGAUGGUGUCCGUCACGACGUCGCCGAUGAAGUUCCCCCAGGGGGGCCUGCAGCUGCCUGUCGAGGACGCCGCCGGCGCCGUGCACGCGUCUCUGGAGGAGGUAGUGCUGCAGGCGGUGACGCUGGAGGCCGAGGCGGAGGCGGGGGCGAAGGAGGUGGCAGCAGCCCUAGCGCAGGAGGUGCCGGAGGCUGCGCUGGAGAUGGGAACUGACACCUAUGGUACGCAAAUGGCACAAGAGAUGCUACACGAACUGAUUCGUGGAGGGUAUCCGUCAGUGGUAAUGGAAGAAGAAGAGUCCGCAGCUGACGCAGCUCCUACGGAGGAAAGUGCACCGUCUGAAGAAGUAGCGCCAUCAGAGGGAGAAGCAGCAGGUGCAGAGGAACCUGAGGCCGCAGAAGAACCUCCGGCAGGGGAAGAACCUCCGGCCACAGAAGAACCUCCGGCCGCAGAAGAAUCUUCGCCUGCAGAAGAACCUGCACCAGCUGAGCCCGAAGGCGAAGCCGCACCUGCGGAGGAGUCUUAACUGCAAGUUUCUGUGGCAUUACGAUGUGAGCGGUCAUGUCCUUCUGCCAUUUAAAGCGCAUAUACUAUCUGACUGUCAUAUUACCUACACACUGUGAGCUCCACAAAAUUUUUUGUCAUAACCAUUAGACAGUUUUGCUUUUGUUUUGUCCUGAUGUAUACUGAUGUCAGCGGAAUGUUUUUGUGCUGGUAUUAAACUAUAUAUAACAGAAUAA